AUGAAUGGCCUCACUGCUUGUCCUGGCAAGAGAAAGUACUCGUGUGAUGUUUGCAAUAAAUGCUUUACUUAUAGAAGCAGCUUAAUUACACACCAGCAGACGCAUGAGAAGAACAAACUUUACCCGUGUGACGUCUGCUACAAGUCGUUCAGUCAAAGUUGCAAUUUGACAACACAUCGACGGAUACACACAGGAGAGAAACCAUACGCCUGCGAUGUAUGCGACAAGUCGUUUGCUGAAAGUAGUUCACUGACGAGUCAUCGACGGACCCACACGGGCGAGAAACCAUACGCGUGCGAUGUAUGCGACAUGUCUUUCAGUCAAAGUGGCAAUUUGACAACACAUCGACGGACCCACAAGGGUGAUAAACCAUACGCGUGCGAUGUAUGCGACAUGUCUUUCAGUCAAAGUUGCAAUUUGACAACACAUCGACGGACCCACAAGGGUGAUAAACCAUACGCGUGCGGUGUAUGCGACAUGUCUUUCAGCCAAA